ACGCCCAAAACCCACACACACACAACACAUCUCGCCUCCUCCCAAAAAAUAAGCGGCCGCCUCGGCUUUCGCUGCGCCUGCGCCCACCGCAAAACGCGACCGCCAUCUCCUCCUCCUCCCGCAUCGCUCGGCGCGGCGGCGGCGGCGGCGGCGAGGCGCGCGUGCUCUCCGAAGUGCAGGGAGGCGGCGGGAAUUGGGGAGCCCAUGGUGGCGGUGGCGCGGGGCCGGCGCUGCAGGGGCGUGGUGCUGCUGCUCCUCCUCUCGUCGGUGCUCGCGCCCCUCGUCCUCUACGGCGGCUCCCCCGUCUCCGUCUCCACCCUCCCGGACUCCACCGUGGCGAGCGGCGUGCUGGAUCGGGAUGGCGAGUACAAUCUGGUGGUGGCUGCCUCCGACGUCUCCCUCACCAAAGAUUUGACGAUUGAGAGGCUAGGCGAGCACAAGAACCGGGUGCUAUCAGCAACCGAAGAUUGGCAAGUGGUUGAGGCGGCGAGUAAGAAUCCGGCAUUCGAGAAAUCCGAUGCAAGUGUAUCGAGGAAGGACCCAGGAUCAGGGGAUGCCAAUGUGGUGAUUACUGAAGGGAAUGGUGCUGCUCAGUCGGGACGGGAUGGCGUUAUCUGGGAGGUUGUCAGCAGGGACAGAGGUUCAGAUGGGUUUACUCAACCAUGGGAGAUCAACGGAGGUGAGGAGCGGGAUGGUGAAAGGGUUGAUAGGGUAAAGUUGGGUGUUAGUGUGGAAGAACAGAAUGAUGGAACAGGUGAAACAGGGGUGAACAACAUUGCUGGAACGCACACUAGUGGAAACCUGAAUUCAUCCCUAGAAAAGGAAAGGAGCACUGGUAGAUUGUCUGAACAAGUUACAAAAGCUAUUCCCAAAGAGUCUUACACACCAACAACUAACAGUAAUUCUGCUCUCCCAACAAGUGUUAGUGCUGGUCAUUCCACUACUUCCCCAGACGCUACCAUCCGCACAAUCAAGGACCAGUUGACGAGAGCAACGACAUAUCUGAGCCUUGUAGCUUCUAGAGGCAAUCAUGGUUUUGCAAGGGAGCUUCGUGCACGGAUGAGGGAUAUCCAAAGAGUCCUAGGUGAUGCAACCAGUGGUGGCCAGCUUCCUCAGAAUGUACUUAGCAAAAUAAGAGCAAUGGAGCAAACAUUGGGAAAGGGAAAGAGAAUUCUUGAUAGUUGCUCGGGUGCUCUGAACAGGCUCCGUGCAACCCUUCACUCAACAGAGGAGCGACUCCAAUCUCAUAAAAAGGAAACCAACUAUCUAGCACAAGUAGCAGCAAAAUCUUUACCAAAAGGACUUCAUUGCCUUCCGCUGCGGCUUACAAAUGAGUACUACUACACCAACUCCAACAAUAAAAAAUUCCCACAUAUAGAAAAGUUGGAAGAUCCAAAACUCUAUCACUAUGCGUUGUUCUCAGAUAAUGUGUUGGCUGCUGCAGUGGUUGUAAACUCCACUAUUAUUCAUGCUAAGAAACCAGCAGAUCAUGUCUUCCACAUUGUCACGGAUAGGCUUAACUAUGCUGCAAUGAAGAUGUGGUUCUUGGCUAAUCCCUUGGGUGAAGCAGCCAUUCAGGUUCAAAACAUUGAAGAGUUUACAUGGCUGAAUUCUACCUACAGUCCAGUUAUGAAGCAGCUAGAAUCACAGUCUAUGAUUGAUUACUACUUCAAGAGUGGGCAGGCCAGGCGUGAUGAAAAUCCCAAGUUCCGGAACCCCAAGUACUUGUCAAUGCUCAAUCAUCUGAGGUUUUAUCUCCCUGAAAUCUUCCCGAAGCUUAGCAAGGUGUUAUUCCUGGAUGAUGACACUGUAGUACAGCAGGACUUAAGUGCGAUUUGGUCCAUUGAUCUAAAAGGCAAGGUUAAUGGUGCUGUUGAGACCUGUGGAGAGACCUUUCAUAGGUUUGAUAAGUACCUCAACUUCUCAAAUCCUCUUAUUGCCAGCAAUUUUGACCCGCGUGCCUGCGGUUGGGCGUAUGGCAUGAAUGUGUUCGAUCUAUCUGAGUGGAGAAGACAAAAGAUUACUGACGUCUACCACAAUUGGCAAAGACUGAACGAAAAUAGGAUAUUGUGGAAGCUAGGUACUCUUCCUGCUGGUCUCGUAACAUUUUGGAACCGUACCUUCCCUCUUCAUCACUCCUGGCAUCAGUUGGGACUUGGGUACAACCCAAACAUCAAUGAGAAGGAUAUCCGGAGGGCAUCUGUCAUACACUACAAUGGUAAUCUGAAACCCUGGCUUGAGAUUGGAUUGUCCAGAUAUCGCAAAUACUGGUCAAAAUACGUCGAUUUCGAUCAAGUCUUCCUACGGGACUGCAAUAUAAAUCCCUGAAUGACAGAGUGUUGUAUUAUCCAAUUAUUUUCUUUUCACCUGGUAGAUUAAUUCUUUACGCUCUAGGUUUUAUUUAAGCUGUCUAGAGCGAUAUUCUUUUAUCUGGGCUCUUCUCUCUUGUAAAGGUUCCAGCAAGUUAGUGGUAGGCUUUAGAUCAGAGACAUGUUCAAUCACAGAUCACGAAAGCUGCAUCACAUUUUGUAGUCACUAAUGUUAAUAUAGUAAAUUAUUUGAUUGUAUUAUUCCUAUGGAAGAGUAUUUAGGAGUACCUUUAUUAA